AUGUUGAAGUACAUCCCUCGUCAUAAAUUAAAGGUUGUUCCUCAAUGCCUAAAUGUCACUGCUAUAACAACCUAUCUCAAUGAUCCCUAUGUAAAAGAAGCUCUUCAUAUUAAAGCUGGUCUGCCUGAUUGGGAAAUAUGCAGUACUGAUGUCCUAACUAAUUACAAGAGAAUAUAUGAAACCGUAAAGGAACAGUAUUUGAAAAUGUUGGCAACAUAUAGUUAUCGUAUUUUAGUUUACAAUGGAGAUGUUGACAUGGCAUGUAAUUUUCUUGGUGAUGAAUGGUUUGUGGAGUCAUUAGACUUAGAAGAACAAGUACAGCGUAGACCUUGGUUGUACAAUGAUGGUACCGAUCAAAUCGCUGGCUUUGUUAAAGAGUUUGCACAGCUGGCUUUUGCUACAAUCAAGGGGGCUGGUCACAUGGCACCACAGGACAAACGCAAGGCUUGUCAGCAACUUAUUAACAACUUUAUAUUCAAGUUACCCUACUGAAAACACAAAUUUUUUUGUUUGAUGUUUUGUGUUCAGUUUCAGAAGAUACGGC